AUGUUGAGAUCACUGGUACUGGCAAGGCUGGGAGCUCCGCAGCUGGGCCGGCGUGGUGUCAUCAACCUCGUACUCCCACGUCUCGAAAAACGCUUGGCCCUGCCCUUCGAAAUCCAAACUCGCCCAGUGGCACCAACCUUUGCACCGCACACACAUCAAUGCUGGCCCACUGCGCGGCGUGCUACGCAGCGAUGCGUGGCGUGGAGCGAGCGACGGCGAAAUGGAGGCAGAGAGCGCAGCGCGGCAGCGCCGGAAAUGGAAGAUGCACCCCCCCCCCUACUCCACCCGGCCCGACCCCUCCCUCUCCCCCUCCCUUCCCCACGCGCCCUCCUCAUUACCAGAUUUUUAGGCGCGCUUCGCCCCGCCGCCGGUUGUCACCGGGCACUCCGCUGCCGAAGGUCGCCGCCCGCCCGCCCGCCGACCCGCCGCCGAAUUACGGCGCGAAAUGAAUGGAAUUGGAUUGCGCUGAAUGGAAUGUCGACGCCAGCCCUCGUCCGCGCGCCGUGCGGGAAGCGCGGAAUAAGAAAACGGAGCGAUGCGGCCGAACAGAUACGAAAAUUGUCGAAUGCUCGGCGAGGCGGCGGGGAAUGGCAGCCGUGA